AUGAAGCUUAUUUUCCUGUAUAUUUAUAUGGCACUGACUAUUGCCUGCACAAUGGCCUCGCCAUUACCUGUGGAUAACAAAAGGGUUUCCUCCGAUUCCCUGGAUCUGACUAAGAAGUAUGCACCUGAACCUCCCACUACACAUCACGUUGUUCUCGGAAUCGUAUUCACGGGUACUGAUCAUGAUCCAAGGACGGAGCUUGUCCCCAUAGGCAUAGAUUUAUAUGGAACCAUGGUUCCCAGGACUGCGUUGAAUUUCUAUCAGUAUGCUGACACUAAAAAAUCUUACCGUAAUAGCGAGAACCCAUGGGACCGUGAUUUAGACAGGAUUUUACCGACUGGAGCCAUAGAAAGUGUACAUUUUUCUCCCUCCCCUGCUGAAGAAACAUCGGAUAUGGCUUCUCUGUUUCAAGAAAAUUUCGGUUUGACUCACGAUAGACCAGGUAGGGUUUCCAUGGCCAGCGAUGACGAGGGUUCUAAGUUUAUGAUAUGGACGAGUGGAAUGCCUUAUGAAGGCGACAAUGUUGUGUUCGGACAAGUUACUUCCGGUUUGAAAGAUUUGAUGGAUAGAGUGGCUAAUGUGAAAACGGACGAAAAUGGCAAACCAGACCAACCAAUUACAAUAUCCUACACCUCAAUAAGUGUAAACAAAUUGCCAGAUCCGAAGAGAGCCCAUGAGCAGUAUUUGGAAAGCCUCCAGGAUUAUCAAAACGGAGAGUUGGACAAAGGUGUCACUCUAAAAACGUACCUCUACUAUGACAACCAAAGAGAUUUGGAAGACACAGAAUACAAUCAGCUCCACCAUCCAUUGCCUAGAAUCAUGCUUGGUAUUUCAGCCUUAAUAGCUUGCUAUGCUGUGGCCAAGUAUAGGAAGAGGAUAUUUGGUAGAUUUUCAUCCAAAAUCAUAUCUAUUAGAGAGGAUUGA